ACCUUUGCGGGGUGAAUGUCAUUUUCUUGUUAUUAACAUUUUGUUCGGUACUUUACUUUUGUCGCGAGUCGAUUCUCAAUCAAACUUUAAUCAUUCCAUUUUUUUGUUGUUGUACAUUUCAACGAACUGUUUCUAUGAUUGACAGCCACGUAAACCAAUGACAGGACGGAGAAAAGUUUCGUGUACACUAUCGUUGGCAUGGUUACUCGUUGAUGUUACACGAUUCUAGGAAAACGGAGGCGGGACAGUCGUUAAGCACGGGUGGAUGCACUUUCUAGGGUUGUAUAUAUGGAUUAUUUUUUUUUUUUGACCAGCAAUUUACGGACAAUAAUUACAAAGUUUGUAAACUAUCUUUAUAUUCAUUAUAAACACAAAGACGGAAGACUAAAUGACGACAGUGGAGUGCUAGUGAUACAAUUAACAACUUGUAAUUUUUUCGUUUUCGUCUUAGUUUGUUAGAUACGCUUGCUAUGGCUACCUAGCUAGCUACUUGUAGCCAGCUAACGUUAACUAAGUUAGCUCUCUAUUCUCGUCCUCUCAUGCAAAACAAGCUGCUAAGCCUCGCUAGUUCUCUCUUUGACUAAGUUUAGCUCACUUGUAGGUUUAUCAGCAGUUAGCAAACAUAGCUAGAGGGUGAGGAGAGGAGGCUCUCUUGUUGCCACGCAACUGUAUGACCCACUGUCUUCAACACCUGUUGGAAAGGUGACCCCUGCCUGACCUGUGACAAGUCACAUCAUCCACUGAGAGUGGCACCAGCAUGGCAGGGCUGGCGUUAGAGUGGAGGGGCUGACGUCAUGCUCUCACCCUGCUGACACAUUUUUAGAAAGCCCGCAACACUAGAACGAGAGAGGGAGGAAAAGCCUUAGAGGGAGACAGACAGCCCUUGACAUUGAAACGAGAGAGAGAGAAGGGAGGAGAGGAGAGACAUUAAGCAUCAUCAAAAGAAACAACAGUUCUCUUUCACAAUACAUCUCAUUGACUUACCAUGCCAGUAAAGUUCAUUGAAUGGAAUUGAGAAACUCACAUGAGUCUUUUCAACCUCUCUCCUCUUCCCUGGUUGUUGUUCGAGUCCCAAAUUACAAUAUGUUCUCAGUCAACUUACCUGGUAACAUAAUGGUUGGAUAAAUAACAUCAGUUAACUUACCUGGUAACAUAAGGGUUGGAUAAAUAACUUCAGUCAACUUACCUGGUAACAUAAGGGUUGGAUAAAUAACUUCAGUCAACUUACCUGGUAACAUAAGGGUUGGAUAAAUAACAUUGAAUAACAGAACAACAAGAGUCAAAACAAUGUUCAGACAGACGGACACCUCGUCCAAGAGACGUCAUGGAGGACACGGGGGUCUCACAGCCUUACCCUCGCCUCCUCACCCCCACCAGAGUGGGCGUAUCCGGGGGGUGGAGGUGGCCCGCGGGAGGGCAGGGUAUGGGUUCACCCUCUCUGGCCAGGGCCCCUGUGUCCUCAACUGCAUUCUAAAAGGAAGUCCGGCGGACUACGUGGGUCUCCGCUCCGGUGACCACAUCCUGUCCGUGAACGACAUAAACGUCUCCAAGGCUUCGCACGAGGACGUCGUCAAGCUGAUUGGUCGAUGCACGGGGGUUCUGCUAUUGGUCGUCGCCGAGGGAGGCCGUCGUCACGGACACGGCGGUACCAACCGCAACCGUCGCCACGGAAACAAUUCAGGAAGUCCAGCCGGAGGGGCAGCCGCCGCGGACUCGUGCUCCAGCGACGAGGAGUUGUGUGGUUUCCAUAACAGCAGCAGCGGAGGAGGAAACAACAAAAACGUGAAGCCUGGUUCCCGUGGUAACAGCGCCAGCGGAGGCGGUGGAGGAGGAGGAGGAGGGGGUGGUGGUGGCUGGUUCAAGCCCAAGCUGGACUCUAAGACCCUGGGUAUUAACAGGGCAGAGAGGGUGGUGGCAGAGAUGCAGUCUGGAGGAAUAUUCAACAUGAUCUUUGACAACUCUUCACACUCCUCCAGCAGCUCAGAGAAAGACAGGGUCAUCGCUCCUCCUCCUCCUCCCCGUGCCUCCUCGUCUGCGUCGGCCAAGCCUGCGAGGCCCCUGUCAGAGCCAGAGUUCCCGCCGUACCAUAAGGGGAGAGGCCGUUCCCAUAGCAACCCUAACCUGCUCUCUGAGGAGGAGAUGGACAGGGUUCUAAUGGCCGACGACGCAGUGUUCCUGGACGGGUUCCAUCUGCAGGAGGCAGAGAUCCAGGUGGAGGUGGAAGGGGAGGACUUCUCCCUGGAGCCCAGCGAGGGGAUCCUGAACGUGGGUAUGAUGGUAGGGUACCUGGGCUCCAUAGAGCUGGCCUCUACAGGCGCUAGUCUGGAGAGUGACAGUCUGCAGGCCAUCAGAGGAAGCAUGAGACGACUCCGGGCUGAACAGAAGAUACACUCCCUGGUCCUCAUGAAGGUGAUGCACGAUUGUGUGCGGCUGUGCAGUGACAGGAGACAGGUCCUUGCUACCUACCCUGCCGAAAAGCUAGCCUUCAGCGCCUGUUGCCCCGACGACCGACGCUUCUUCGGACUGGUCACCAUGCAGGCCACCCAAGACUACGACGGUCACUAUGGCAAUGGUAACCGGGAGGAAGAGGGCGGGCUGAGGACUUCCUGUCACGUGUUCAUAGUCGACCCGGAACUCUGUCAUCACCAGGUCCAUGUGGGUGUGGCCAGGAGGUUUGGGUUUGAGUGUACUCCUGAUCCUGAUACUGGAGGGUGUCUGGAGUUCCCCCCUACAUCCCAGCCUCUGCUCCAGUUUGUGUCUGUUCUCUACCGGGACAUGGGGGAGAGCAUCGAGGGUGUCCGGGCGCGGGCGUUCGUUGAUCCGGACAACGACCCACAGCAGAACCACAGCACCAGUAGCAACAGCGACAGCGGCAUCGGUAACUUCCUGCCAGAUGAAAAGAGUAACCGUGUCUUAUUGGUUGACCUGGGAGGCCAUAAUCACAACCCCGGUCCACGCCACUGGGACAGCCCUCCUCCUCCCUCGGCCCCGGGCUGGAACCAAGUCCCUCCCGGUGUCGUCCCUGGCCCCCCUCUCUCCCCUCCUCCUCCCCCUCACCUCAACAACAGCUACCCCCCGCCUCUCCCCCCUGCCAUCCCCCCUCGAGGGGCCCACUCCUCCCAGCCCUCACUCCACCACUACCCGCCAGGGAAGAGGGGAGGAUCUGGAGGAGGAGCAGAGCAGAGCCUGGCCCCGCCCCAACACCAUCAGUCUCAACGUUGGUUACCAGUCCACGUCCUGAGAGACUGGAGACAACCAGGCCAGGCAGGACAAACGCAGGGACAAGGAGGGCUGUGUAGUGAUCAGGAGUCCUAUGCUGAGUCAACAGAUGGCUGGUCAUCAACGAACUGUAGCACCCUCCCGCCACCCAUGAACAAAAUACCCGCGGAUCGCUACAGGGCUCCACUACCAGCCGGGGACCUGCCCCUGCCUCCGCAGCCUCCCGGGCUGGCCACGCAGAAGGAUGAGUGGGCUAAGAAGCUGUUUGGGCCCGCGGCUGGAGAGAAAGGACUCAGAGAGCCCAAGCAGAAUGGGAAGAGACGCGGGAAUGGGAAAGAUCGGGAGAAGAAGGCUGGUCGGUUUAGAGGUCUGACGAAGGGCUUCCCUCCUCUACCUCAGCGCUCCUCGGGAAGGCGAUCCUUCGGUCGCAUCAGCCUGGCACGCUCGCUGGAUGACCUGGAG